CAUACGCAACUCAGUUCAUCGUCAGCAUGAUUCCGGUACGGACCAAGGCAGCUAUGCUGCUGUUCAUCGUAACCUACGCCACUCUUAUCGCAAUCACCCAAGCAGAAACAACACCAGCGCUGAUCAGACUCAACUGCGUUAUUAAAAAUCGUGUUUGCUAUCUGAAGAACAUUUACGCCUCCGAAGACGAUAAUUUUAAAGAUGUACACGGCGUGGAACAUAGUGACAUUAUUGAGUUUUUUGAUUGCCACAUUCAUACAUUGCCAAAGAUACCGUACAUCAAAUCCGUGGAAGCCAAAGGGAUAAACUUGGUGCGGGUGGUGGAGAAAACAUUUUCGACUGUGAAACACCUAGAUGUAUCGUACAACAGACUACGUGACAUAUCAGCGAAGGCCUUCGAUUGGCCCGAAGAGGUCCAGACAUUGGUGAUUAAUGGAAAUCCGCUGUUGAAAGAUUUGGGUUUUCUGAAGAAAUUGAACGGACUGCAAGAUUUGCAAAUGUCGGACAUGAAAUUGGACUUGGAUUUCAUCGAAGUUGAUGUGUUUGCGGCCAUGAAGGUUUUGAAAACCCUAAACAUGAGUAACAACAAAAUAAUGAACAUUCCAGUUGGGAUAUUUAAUAAACUAGAAUCGUUGGAGAAACUUGAUCUCAGCAAUAAUUACCUAUCAAGAGUAUCGUCCGGCGCUUUCAUUAUUAAUUUCCGCACCAUUGACCCAGAAGUAGAGACGCGUCAUCAUUUGACGAUAAAUCUAGCAAGCAAUAAUAUAUCGAUUAUUGAAAAAGAGUCUUUCAUGAUAGUGGAUAAGGUGGAUUUGAGCGACAACAAAUUAAUCGGAGUCAGUCCUAUGGCAUUCUACAACAAAUCGGAAUUAGGAACAUUGGUUCUAUCCAACAACAGACAAUUGAAGAAUUACAACUUUCUAAACAGCAUUCCUUCACUGCAUACUUUGAUAAUGUCGCAUAUGAAUUUUACUUUCGAUGGAAUUCCGCUAAGCGUAUUUAAAAAUUUGGAUUUCUUAACAACGCUGGAUCUAUCCCACAACGACAUUUCACAGCUUCCUAUCGGAAUUUUCUCGGACCUGUCAUCCUUGAAUUUCGUCAACCUGCGGUACAACCGAAUUUCACACGUUGAAUUCGGUACAUUCUCAAUCCGAAAAUAUGAUCUCAUAGACGAAAUCGAUUUGUCGUACAACGAUAUCAACGAAAUCAACUACUUGGUGUUCGUUCCGCUCAAGUAUCUACGGACGCUCUUGCUCCACGGGAACCAAAUACCGUACGUUAAUGUCAGCCACCUGAAGCGCAACAAAAGUCUCCAAAACUUCGGCAUCCAGCACAACCCUGUUAGCUGCUCGGACUUAGUAGACAUACUGGCCAUCUUCAAACUAGUUCUCGAUGGGAGUGAAUUUGUUGCGCAUGAAGCCAACGUAAGCGGCAUAAAAUGUAAUCCAUAAGAAAACGAACAGCGUGACAAUAAACAUCCAUGCUUUUACAAAACGAACAA